AGGAGAAACAAUUAAUGGCAAAAUGACCCAAUCAAACCCUCGGACACAGAUUUAGAGGCGGAGAUUACGCUGCCGCCCGUUCACGGGCUCUGUUUUGGUCAAAGUGGGCGGCUCCGCGCUCUGCCAAUGGGCAGGCACCGCGGCCGCACCGGAAGUGACGCCGCCGUCCCGGGCUCGGUACCGGGCCCGCGCCAUGGAGGCCUGGGUGCGCUUCAGCGCCCAGAGCCAGGCCCGGGAGCGCCUCCUCAGGGCCGCCCAGUACGCCUGUGUGUUGGCGGGGGCCGCGCUGACGCCCGGGGCUCCGGGCGCCGGGCGCCUGAGGCGGCUGCAGCCGGGGAGCCUGAGGCGGCUGCAGCAGCUGGAGGCGCACCUGAGCCUGGGCCGCAAGCUGCUGCGUUUGGGGGGCUCAGCCGAGGCUCUGGGCGGCGCCCAGCGCUCGCUGCACCUCCCUGACCCCGUGCUGCGUUUCUGCCUCACCCUGUCCCACCUGAACCGGGCUCUGUUCCUGGCCUGUGACAACGUCCUGUGGGCCGGCAAAACCGGGGUCCUGCCCGGCCUGGCCAUGGAGAAGUGGAGCCAGAGGUCCUUCAGGUAUUACCUCUUUGCCCUGCUGGUGAGCCUCAGCAGGGACGCCUACGAGAUCCGGCUGCUGCUGGAGCGGCCGGCGGCGGGCGGAGUCGGGGGGGGCGCCGAGAGCAGAGCCCGGCCCGGCGCCGAGGGCAGCGCGCAGCACCUGCGGCUGCGGCUGCAGCUCCUGCUGCAGGUGCUGCGGGACAACCCGCCCGUGCUGCUGGACCUGCUGAGGAACGCCUGCGACCUGGUGAUCCCGCUGGAGAGGCUGGGGCUGUGCAGGAGCAGCCCCGCACUCGUGGGCUUCUGCGGGCUCGCCUCGUCCCUGCUCUCCAUCGUCACCAUCCUCCACCCCUGGCUCAAGCUGAAGCCAUAGUUAUCCUUGAGAAUUUGGGGGAUUUUGGGGGGUUUUGGCACCUCUGGAAGUGACUGGUUGCUGCCAUUCCCAUCAUUCCUGACUCCUUGGAGCGACAUGGUUUUCAGAAUUGGAUCCCACAGGGACAUCAGCUCCCAAAAAUGUGGUUUUUUCCCAUUGACUUUUAGGGAAAAAAUAGGGAUUCAACGUUCCCCCUUUCUUUUUGGGAAGAGCCUUUCACGUGGAGCCAGCUAAUGGGAAUAUUUGGGGCUGGAAAAUGUGGAUUUUGGGGCUGGAAAAUGUGGAUUUUGGGGCUGGAAAAUGUGGAUUUUGGGGUGGAAAAUGUGGAAUUUGGGGUGGAAAAUGUGGGGUUCUGUGGGCUCGCCUCGUCCCUGCUCUCCAUCGUCACCAUCCUCCACCCCUGGCUCAAGCUGAAGCCAUAGUUAUCCUUGAGAAUUUGGGGGAUUUUGGGGGGUUUUGGCACCUCUGGAAGUGACUGGUUGCUGCCAUUCCCAUCAUUCCUGACUCCUUGGAGCCAUGAGGUUCCAGAAUUGGAUCCCACAGGGACAUCAGCUCCCAAAAAUGUGGUUUUUUCCCAUUGACUUUUAGGGAAAAAAUAGGGAUUCAACGUUCCCCCUUUCUUUUUGGGAAGAGCCUUUCACGUGGAGCCAGCUAAUGGGAAUAUUUGGGGCUGGAAAAUGUGUGGAUUUUGGGGCUGGAAAAUGUGGAAUUUGGGCUGGAAAAUGUGGGGUUCUGCGGGCUCGCCUCGUCCCUGCUCUCCAUCGUCACCAUCCUCCACCCCUGGCUCAAGCUGAAGCCGUGAUUUUCUUGGGAUAUUGGGAAUUUUGGGGGGUUUAUCCCAAAAUUGUGGUUGUGACACCUCUGGAAGUGACUGGCUGGUGCCAUUCCCAUCAUUCCUGACUCCUUGGAGCCAUGAGGUUCCAGAAUUGGAUCCCACAGGGACAUCAGCUCCCCAAUAUAUGUUUUUCCCAUUGAGAUUUCCAGCAAUUUUAGGGGAAAAUAUAGGGCUUCAAUGUUCCCCCUUUCUUUUUGGGAAGAGCCUUUCACGUGGAGCCAGCUAAUGGGAAUAUUUGGGGCUGGAAAAUGUGGAUUUUGGGGCUGGAAAAUGUGGAUUUGGGGCUGGAAAAUGUGUGGAUUUUGGGGGCUGGAAAAUGUGUGGAUUUGGGGCUGGAAAAUGUGGAUUUCGGGCUGGAAAAUGUGGAUUUCUGGGGAUCUCUCCUGGUUUUCUGUGCAGGGUGAAGCCAUGGGGUUGGGGUGAUUCUGGUGCCAGAUAACGUAUCCAGCCCCAAAUUGUUUGGAUGUUUUUUUCCUGCCUUAUUAAAAAAGAAAAAAAAUCAGAGUGCAGGGAGAGGAGAAAGUGUGUCAGGGCUAAAUCCACGGCUUUGGGGGCUCCAAAUUCUUAAAUUCCAGAGGCGGAUUUUCCUUGGAUCUGUCCCUGGGAAAUCAGGAAUUUUUGGGAUAUUCUUAAAUUCCAGAGGUGGAUUUUUCCCUUGGGAAAUCAGGAAUAUAUUGAAGGUUUUUUUGGGAGCCCUAAAUUAUCAAAUUCCAGAUUGUCCCUGGGAAAUCAGGAAUAUCUUGAAGGAUUUUUUGGGAGCCCCAAAUUAAAUUCCAGAGGUGGAUUUUCCUUGGAUCUGUCCCUGGGAAAUCAGGAAUUUUUGGGAUAUUCUUAAAUUCCAGAGGCGGAUUUUUCCCUUGGGAAAUCAGGAAUAGGUUUGAAGGUUUUUUUGGGAGCUCCAAAUUAAAUUCCAGAGGUGGAUUUUUCCCUUGGGAAAUCAGGAAUAUAUUGAAGGUUUUUUUUGGGAGCUCCAAAUUAUUAAAUUCCAGAUAGUCCUGGGAAAUCAGGAAUAUCUUGAAGGAUUUUUUGGGAGCUCCAAAUUAAAUUCCAGAGGCAGAUUGUCCCUUGGGAAAUCAGGAAUAAGUUUGAAGUUUUUUUUGGGAGCCCCAAAUUAAAUUCCAGAGGUGGAUUUUCCUUGGAUCUGUCCCUGGGAAAGCAGGAAUGGGUUUGAAGUUUUUUUUUGGGAGCCCCAAAUUAUCAAAUUCCAGAUUGUCCUGGGGAAUCAGGAAUAUCUUGAAGGUUUUUUGGGAGCCCUAAAUUAAAUUCCAGAGGCGGAUUUUCCUUGGAUCUGUCCCUGGGAAAUCAGGAAUUUUUGGGAUAUUCUUAAAUUCCAGAGGCAGAUUUUUUUUCCUAGGGAAAUCAGGAAUAUAUUGAAGGUUUUUUUGGGAGCCCUAAAUUAUCAAAUUCCAGAUUGUCCCUGGGAAAUCAGGAAUAUCUUGAAGGAUUUUUGGGAGCCCCAUGCUGAACUCCCGGGCCCGCCUGGGUUGUGCCCAAGGUUUUUCAGGUGCUGGGGGCUCUGGGGCAGAGUGGGGAUCCCGCGUGUCCGUGUGAUUAAUUAAUUAAUGAAUUAAUGACUAAUUGAGUGAUUAAAGUGCAGCAAACACUGCCUCAGACACUCGUGGAGCUC